AUGCCUGCACGUGUCUGGAGAGUCCCUCGCGCCUUUGAUCCCGCUCUUCCUAUGGAUGAUUCUAGCCCACCACCCGUUGCAUCACCUGUACUCCAGUCCCAAUGGUCAAGACAGGAUGUGUUGACCCUUGCUGGUGUAUGCGUCGCCAUCAUCUCUGUGUUGAUCGCACUCGUUAGCGUCAUGUUUUCGCCCCCUAAAUUGCGCAAGUGGCUGUGCAGGCCGUUUCAUUGGAUAACGCAAAACGUACGGCCAGAUGCGGAAUAUCUACCCUUGUCAUCGCCGUCUCCUUAUCAACCAAUGGUCAUCGAGAACUGGAAAAACACAGAUGAGAGAGUGGCUCGCCAACAAUUGCAGGAUCGUUACAACGAGUCGCUGAGGGUGAGGCGCGGGGGAUUCUGA